AACCCGAACCUCCUCCUCCGCUUACUGUCUGUCCCCUCCCAGCGGCUCUCACUCCCUUUGCCACUGCGGUGAAAGCCUCGGUAACGGAGAGAGACGGCGAAGAGUCUGAAGCUGGGUAAAAAUCCAGGACCAGACCUCAGAGAGGCACCUUUACCGUGUUUUUCCUACAUUUCUUGUCACAGUUCAGAGGCCUUCUAACUCUUCCUGUUUUACCUUUUUCCGUCCUCAUCGCCUGGAUUUCAUCAUCGACCUGCAAGAUGGGAAAUGAAGCUAGUUACCCCCUGGAGAUGUGCUCACAUUUCGAUGCUGAUGAGAUUAAGAGGCUAGGGAAGAGGUUUAAGAAACUCGACCUAGAUAACUCCGGCUCUCUCAGCGUGGAGGAGUUCAUGUCUCUGCCGGAGCUGCAACAGAACCCGCUGGUGCAGAGGGUUAUCGACAUAUUUGACACAGACGGGAACGGAGAGGUGGACUUUAAAGAGUUUAUCGAGGGCGUCUCACAGUUUAGUGUGAAAGGAGACAAAGAACAGAAGCUGCGAUUCGCUUUCAGGAUCUACGACAUGGACAAGGACGGCUACAUCUCCAACGGCGAGCUCUUUCAAGUGCUGAAAAUGAUGGUAGGCAACAACUUGAAGGACACGCAGCUCCAGCAGAUCGUGGACAAGACUAUUAUAAAUGCAGACAAGGACGGAGACGGCAGGAUAUCCUUUGAAGAGUUUUGUGCAGUUGUUGGCGGUCUCGAUAUACACAAAAAGAUGGUGGUGGACGUGUGAGCGCGCGCCUCCCCCCCUGCUUGCUGAAUCCCCCUCCUCGACACUCGCUUUCUCCACCAUCUCUGAAGAUCUGCUCAAGACGUCUGGCAAAACGCUCUCUGUGUAAAUCAAUGGAAGUAUUCUCUCUUUUUGUCUAUCUUUCUCUGUGACACCACUUUCUUUGGAAAACCACGGGCCUCGUGAAGCCAACUUUGAAGUGUUAUUGAACUGUAAAUCCUCAAUAACCCGGUCGUAGCACUUUAAGAGACUGAAGGGCAUCCAUUUGUCUUUUUACAAGAGCAUCUCCGGUUGUGGAUGAGGGGAGGAUGGAGGGAAAAGGGGGCACAGUGAAGAGGCUGGUUGGCUUGUUCAUAUUUCAUUCUCUUUCUUUUUUGUUAAUUGUUUAUUUUUGAUAUUUAUUUUUUUGUUCUUGUCUUUUAUAAAGAAGAAAAAAAUACAAGUAUAUCUACAGUUGUUUUGUGAGGGGAAGUGUGUAGUGUUUUAACACUUACCGAACAGCUAGAAAGUAGGGUAUGAAGUGCCAACCAGAACAUAUCCAGACACCAGUUCCAGUUAUUACCGAUCAUCGCCGCCCGCAGUCGCUCACGUUGGAUCAGCUGGUGCAAAACACUUCCAUCAACACGACUGCGAGUCAUCAGACACACAAUAACAUUUCUGAUUUUCUUUGUCCAUUUUGGCUCACGCGCGCAGUUUGAACCGACCAGUGAAGUUUCCAGUCACUCUUAUUAGCAGAGCAUCUCCUUUUUAUGUAACAAGUCUGCUAGGUUUGUUUAUACUUAAGAAUGCGUUUAUAUUGUUGGACAUUAACCUCAUUUCCUGUCAGAUAAAUUCUAGGUAGACAAACUUAAUGCCGUGAAAAUGUCUUUUUACCAACAAAGGAAAAGGACAAAAAUAGUGGCUGCAAAACUUAUAACGUGGUUUACUCUCAAAGAAGCAUUUUCGUCCAACAGCGUGCAUCUUUAGGACAGUCCUGGAAGUAAAGGACAGCUCAGCGCUAGGGAACUGCAUCAGAACCAGAACGGAUUUCAGGCUUUCGUUCAACUGCAGGAAAAACUUGUCAAAGACCUGAGUGAAUAGUUGUGAGAUUAUACGCUGUUUGUGCAAGGACGAUGCAAUUUAAGGGACUUACCUGCAGGCAGCAUUUUGUAAAACCAAUAUGUGUAUAUUAGGUCAUGGAUGUGUCCAUCUUAUGGAACAGCAGCAGGAGAACGCUUUGCCUCUGCUUGAGCCCUUCUGAGGAAGUCGGGUCCGUUUUCUUCAACGCAAACACUUAAAAUCUUAAGACGUUGGUAUGAUCAGUGUGCAAUGAGGUAGUCUAGUAUUUAGGGGUUUUUCUCUUUGAGUUAAAGCGUGUACAUUUCAAAAGUUGGCUUCCACUCCCUCUUCCUGUUUUCUGUCACAAUCGUUUUCCUCCCCUCCAUCCCUGCUGAAAUGAGCAGGAAGCAAAAUAAAUAAGUCAACCAAAUUUCUUUAAUUUUUCAUGGGAAAAACGUUUUACUAUAAGCAGCAUUGGGAUAGAGGUUGGUUUUGCUCUGGAGGCCAGCUGCUGGUUUUAACAGGAGCCAUCAGUCAGAUCUGGAGCGCUCCAUUAGCCCCCCCACCCCCAUCCCAAAGCUCUGCACGGCUUGGGCCUCCCUGUGCUUGCAUGACAUGGAAGUAUAUUUUUGUUGUGCAUGUAGAUCAAUUUUUUGAAAUAAAAAUCUUGUUUACACAUGAAUGGUGAUGUUAAUAUAUUUAAGAACUUAAUGGUAUACAAUAUGGAUGUUGCCAAACUUUGGUAAAUGUACACAUAUUAUGAGCAGUAAUCCAAAUGAACUGAACUACAUGUAACUUUUUGUAUUUUACCCGGAUCAGCGAGAUGCUUCGAUUCCAGUCAAAGUUGCAUAUCUGAUCCUGUCUCAAACUGCCACACACUGUACUCAGCUUAAAGGGGAAAUUUGAUGUUUUUGUUCUUUUGUAUAUAAGUAUUUGUUAAAUGCAGUUCUGGCUCUCUGUUCUCUGUAUAGUUCAGACCGCGCUUUAGUUUGUAAGUGCUACUUUUUCUCUGAGGGACUUGGGUUCUUUUAAGUUUGCGUGGGGAUAUCUGAAAAGAUUUAAGUUGGAGAACCUUUUUUUUUUUCUUUUUCUGCAUGCUGCAUAUUAUGCUGUGGGACUGUUGGAAACUUGAUACUGUAUGAAAAUGAAAUAAAAUUUAAAUAAACUUUGAAAUGUUGAAAGUAA